AUGGAGCGGGACAACCGCACCACGAUGGUGAAGGAGUUUGUGCUGCUGGGUCUCUCUCAGAGAAGGGAGGUCCAGCUCUUUCUCUUUGUCCUCUUCCUCUUCUUUGACACCCUCAUCUUGCCUGUGAACAUCCUCAUCAUCGUGACCAUCUUGAGCAACCCCCGCCUCAGCUCCCCCAUGUUCUUCUUCCUGGGCAACCUGGCCUUCCUAGACCUCUGCUACUGCUCAGUCACCCCGCCCAAGAUGUUGGCUGACCUGUACUCGCAGCGGAAAGCCAUCUCAUAUUGGGGCUGCAUGUCCCAGAUCUUCUUCCUCCACUGGCUGGGGGCGGCCGAAUUCCUCCUCCUCAUUGGCAUGGCCUUUGACCGGUACGUAGCCAUCUGCCACCCUCUGCGUUAUGGCAACGUGGUGAGCAAAGCUGUCUGCUGGGGACUGGUUGCAACCGUGUGGCUCCUUGGCUUAAUGCAUUCCCUGAUCCAGUUCAUUCCCAUCAUCCAGCUCCCCUUCUGCGGCCCAAACAAGCUGGACAACUUUUUCUGCGACAUCAACCAGAUCAUCAAGCUGGCCUGCACCGACACGUACAACCUGGAGUUUGUCAUGUUCUUCAACAGCGGCUUGGCCACUUUGAUAUGUUUCAUUCUCCUCCUCAUCUCCUACGGGGCCCUUCUGUCCAAGGUGAGGUCCAGCUCCACCAAAGGGAAGGGCAAGACAGCCUCCACGUGCGUCACACACAUCAUCAUCGUCUUCAUCAUGUUCGCUCCCGCAAUCUACAUGUACUGCCGCCCCUUCCAGGCCUUCGCUCUCGACAAGUUGGUCGCCAUCUUCCACACCGUGGUCUUCCCCUUAAUGAACCCCAUGAUCUACACCCUGAGGAACAACGAAAUCAAGGUUGCCAUAUGGAAGAUGGUCACCAAAACCAAGGUCUGGGGUGGGAAGUGA